GCAAAACUGGUUUCAUGUAAAUUCUGCUUUCGUUAAAGAAAUGAUGAAUCAGUUCUAGAGUCUUAACCAAUUCAAACAAUAGUCUGUUCGCUUCGUUAGUUAUGACAAGUCACAACACACAGCUUUUUUCGUAAAAGAACUGAAGCUAAAUAAUCAAAAGAUAUUGUUUUGCUUUCUUUUGACUGUGAAUAAAAAAACCUAACAGACGCCAGGCGGUCAAACUUGAGGUAACUACUUAUUUCGACAAGAUGACCCAAGAGAGACCAAGAAAAAUUAUGAUCAACUUUCUAUUGUCAGUUAUGCUCUUUUAGCGCCAUAGAAGUGCAAAUGGUUCCAGUAAAACUGGGGAAACGGAUACAGACGGUAGCAGCAGCCUUUCACACAGUGCAAACAUUGUGAUAAGCCAGGAAGUGUCCAACAGAUGCUGCUAAUUUGUGAUGAAUCUGAAGAAGCAAUAUCAUACAAACUGCUGCGCGGAGAUUGAUGACAACGGGAGCGGAAAUGGAGAGUUACAGUACCAUUUUCUAAUAGGAAUUCAAAAAGUGUUCCAAGCGGAUGUGCCAGGCUGGUCAGGUCCAACAAUUCAACCAAGCAGUCAGGUCAGCAAAUGGUGGAACAACAUCUGACAUUAAGGAGUAAGAAGAUGGGCUCUAAAAAGGUUUCCGUUAAACGGUCACAGUACUCUUUAAGGCAUUCUGCAAACGAGAGUGCUGCUUCCAGCAGGCAAGUGACUCUUUUUCUUCAUUUAGUUGCAGAUUAUAAGACACAGUAGUAACACAGCUAGUUUUUUCUUCUUUUUUAAACUCUUAGGUGUAUGUCAAAAAAAGAAGAAGUUAAAAAGUAAUGAUACAGUACUGCUUGUGCCUUGUGCUAUAUCUGACCACUGGCAUUAGUAAGCACAUCCUUUUUGCAAUUACGAAAUGGUCACAUCUUUGUCAUUAUCGAGUUUUAGGCCGUUGACAAGCUUAAGCAACUUGUAGAAGACAAAGACGCAAGAGGAGGAGGAUUCUGAAGCGUUAAGAGAGAGACGCUUUAUUUGGACCUGAAGAUCAGAAAGUCUAGUAAUUGCAUAGGCAAGUAUUGUUAUUGUUUAGGAUUCAAUAGGUGUUAUGUUGCAGGAUCAGAUGUAGUUUGGUGCUGUUAUGAAGUCCAAGGACACAUGUAACUUUUUACAGCUCAACACUAUGUAUGUGUGUAUAUAAGGUUCAGUGUGAUUCCAUUCAUUCUUAUUUGCUUUUAAACUUUGUUUCUAAACAAUAAAAUAUUGAAUUGUGUGACAUUUGAUUCAGGAUUAGAAUGCAAUAAAUUUAGAAGACAAGACACUUUUAACACAAGCAAAAAAAUAUCUGAGCGGUGAAACUCUCUAUAUAAAUCAGAUUUUUGAAGCUUUAUAUAUGAAAACAAAGACUCAAAGAAAAAUCAGAAGACAGUUGUUUGGCACAGAGAGAUAGAGAUAGAGAUAGAGAGAGAGAGCGAUUAGAGAAAGGAGAGAGAGAGGGAGAGGGGGCAGCCUGCGUGAUAGGGGCAUAAUAAUAAGUGCAGACGAAGGUUACCACAACUAGGAGAAUCCCAAAAAGCGUCUCUGGUAGUCAUCUCUGAGAGUGAUAUUGGUUUUGCGAAGGGACUUCAUGAAGAAGUUGUUGACCAAGAAGUGAUGUGCUUUCAGAUACUUUUUGGGUUUCUCAGGCAAACAUGUUGGUGGAAGGUUCGUUCAGCGCUUCCGUUGAAACAACUCUACUGAACGCAUCUGAGUAUCAAGACCCAUCUGCUGCUUUUAACUGGAUGUCGCUUGCUGAAACUUAUCAGAUGAUCCACAAACCUCCCGAUGAGUCUCAAGUAAGCUUUCUUGAAGCUUUUCCAGUCCCUGAUGCAAUGAAUCUUGAUAAAUUAGAACAUUCGAAACUUCAAGCAAGUUGUCCGGAAAAGGCCCUGACUUCACUUGUGUAUACUCGAAGGAAGAGAAGCCUGAGACCUGGAGGUACUGAGGAUAAUAACCCAGGAAAGUGCAAGAAACAGGAUGAUUCACUUGAUGACUCUGUUGUCCCAGUUUAUAACACUGGAGAAAGCAUAAAAGGGAAACAUCGCUUCAACAACUGUCUUGUUUAUAGCCGGAAGGAAAAAAGAGGCAUAACCAGUUGUGUUCCUACAAUAGGAGCUAAUGAUGUUUUUAACUCUGUGCACGACUGUGGAGAAACCAAGAGAAUAAGAACUCGAUUAGAUAAUUGUCUCGUGUAUACCAGCAGAAAGAAAGGUGGAGUAAACUCUAAUAGUUGUAGUAUUAGCAAACAUGUCUCUGGAGGAACCAAGAUAAGCGGUGAUCAAGCUCACUCUUCUGAGUAUAGCCAAAUGGGGCAUAUAGUUAACCCUGGAGAAAUCAAGAGUAGUGGCCAUGGACCUGUUUACAGCCAAAGCAAGCAGUUAGUGAAAUCUAAUGGUGAUACAUCUGAUGGCUUACUUGUGUAUAGCCGGAGGAAGCAGAGAGGGAAAUCUAAUGGUGCUCGGGUUAAUGGCUUUCUAGUGUAUACACGGAAGAAGCCUAGAGAAAAUAGUAUUACAGACAAUACUCAAGCUACCGAAGUGACAUCUUCUUCUAAUGGAACAAAUGACAGCUGCUCGUCACAAUCCAGUAAAACUGGAGAAAAUGAUUCUGACUCAGAUACAGACGGUAGUAGUAGCAGCCCUUUCAGACGGUGCAAACGUUGUGAUAAGGCAGGAACUGUGGAGAAGAUGUUGAUUUGUGAUGAGUGUGAAGAAGCAUAUCAUACGAGGUGCUGCGGUGUUCGAAUGAAAGAGGUUGCAGAGAUUGAUGACUGGCUCUGUCGAUCUUGUUUGACAGAGAAGUCAUCAAGGACAAAGAUUAAGGGGAGAAUAUCACGGGAACGGAAAUGGAGAGUUUCAGAACCAUUUGUUAUAGGAGUUAGUGUAGGAAAAGAGUUUCAAGCGGAUGUUCCAGACUGGUCAGGUCCAACCAUGAGUGAUACUUCUUUUGUUGGUGAACCCCUGGAGAUUGGUCAGUCUGAAUAUAUGCAUGAUCUCAAUAAGGCCAAGAAUGGUAAGAAACCACCUUCUCCAGUAAAUUGGCUCCAAUGUAGAGAGGAGGAUAGUAAUGGAGAUAUUUGCGGAAAGUGGCGUAGGGCUCCUCGCUCAGAGGUACAGACCAACGACUGGGAAUGCUUCUGCUGCGUCUUUUGGGAUCCAUCACAUGCUGAUUGUGCCGUCCCUCAGGAACUGGAAACAGAUGAGAUCCUGAAACAACUCAAGUACAUCAAGAUGCUUAGACCUCGUUCAGACGCCAAAACGCGGAAGAUAGGACCAAAUUGUCGAAGCAGAUUACAUAAAUGAAAAUCUUUAUGAACGCAAGCUUAGCCACAUCAAAUGCAUAUGCUUCUUCUGGAUCAGAGACUCUAGAAACUAGACAGGUAGUUCAGAAUCUUUUUUUGUUAAAACGCACAUGAGUUUUGUACCACUUGCCAAACUUCAGGAUAUUAAAAAUCCUAUAUAAGAGAUUUGAUUUGAUUAGAA